AUGUUCGACGGCAGCUUUAAAUCCAAGAGAACCAUCAACUUAGGUGGAAACAAGCAGCAGAUAGAUAAGCAAAAAUUGCUUCGGCAAGCACAGGAGGAGCGCAGAAUCAGAGAAGCAGAGCGCUCAAGGCUCAAAGCUGCUGAACGUAUCCAGGCAUGGUACCGUGGGCGGCAUGUCGCUGCCAAAGUACGUCAUGAUAUCAGAGAAGGCUGGGACAAGGAUACGUACGCGCUCCAGCAACUGAUUCAAACGUCGGCGCAAUCACCAGAACCAGCAUCCGCCGAACAACUUUCACAAGAAACGGAAUCUAUAGUGCAAAAGUUCCUGAUUUUCUUCCGUCCACAGCAUGAUCACCAGCGACUGGUUCAGUUGUGCGGUCUUUUGUCGCUGCCAACAACCAAGACAAAGAGUCAACUUGUCACUAUACCCUUCCAUCUCUUUCCAGAUCGACAACACCGAUGGAGCUCUCUUCUGGGUCGGUUAUUGCCCGUCUUUGUAGCGCAUCUAGGCGAGUACUCGACUUGGAGCGAGGACGAUUCAGCGCCAGUCCUCACACUUCUUGAUACUCUGACUCUUACAGAGUCGUUCCAAUCAAUGCAGGACACAGCACUUUCGGGCAGCCUUAUAAAGACCGUUUCUCAAGUAUUGGCUAGAUCAGGCGCCUUUACUCAGAUCGCUCGAUUCCUUGUCCGCAUCGCCCUGGAUGAAAAAAAUAGACCAUCUGUCGCAAAAGCAUUGCUGCUCUCUUUACGCAUUUGCAGGAUAAGCGACCGCAGCCUGGAGUACUCGCAAGUGCUGGAUCAGUUUAUCAUUCAUAUUUUGGCAGUGCCUCUACUUCCGAACCGGAUGUCAAUCGAGACUCUGACUACAUUUACCUCACGGCUACCUCUCGAAGCGAUUCUUCAGCAUCUCUCAACAAGUUCAUGUUCAGCAGUCGCCAGUUUGCCUCAGUACAAAAUCACCCCGCUAGUCGCCAACGUCCUCGCUUUUGGAUAUCAGCGUGUCGCCAAAAUGAGUCCCACAAGCUCUAAUGCAUACCUACGUGUUUUGACUAUCUUACUCGGCAUGAUUCCUCAAGACUCGAUCGAAUCGGCCUCAAAGCGAUCACCUGAUGACGAUGAAUUCAUGGAUGAUAUGGAGUGGCGAUCAGAGGAGCUGCCGGAUUCGUCGUCAAGUUCGCUAAAUACAUCAGUAUCAACCGCCAAACUGGAUCCAAGGAUAAUGAAGUGGCUCUCAUUGGCGCAUGACAGCAAUCAUUUGAACGACAUCCUUGGCUCUGUAGAACCUUCAACAACGGCAGCCUCAUCGGGAAAUACACAGGAAAUCCUUUCAGCAGAGUCCAUUGGCGAGAUUACGCAGCUGCUUUUAAACCUCAUCACCCUCUUCCCCCUCCACAAGAUCAACAUCCUCAGCAACCUAAUAUACUUUAGGUUCGGUACCAAACCUAAGGAGACGUCCAGUCCGGGAGCAGGCAAAUUCUUUGGCAUAUCCAUCAUUAAGAUCUUUUUAGACGCGUUCAUGUCGACAACGUUGUACGGGAAGCUACUUCACUCCAUGCAGCAAGACACACCGCUGAGUGUCGAAUUGGUGCUGAAUCCUGGCCAUGAGAAGGCCUGGAGCCUUCUGGCAUUUGUAUCAGAGCUGUAUUGUCAGAUCUUGGUGACCAUGGGUGACGAUGAGUUUCAUGACGAUACCCGGAACCCGAUCGGUUUGACAAGUGUGAUCACCUUGUCGUCUGUUGUGAGGGACGUGACAUUCCUAUUGUGGUGGAACGAUAAUGCUCUAAACAUGGAGUCUAACCUCGGAGGAUCCAAAAACCUCAAAGUUGGCUACCUGCGAGACAUUGUAACGAAGCUUACUCGGCAACUGCAUGCUCGAGACUCACGGAGACCCUUCUGUCCCAAAGACCACUGGUUGCUCUCUAUGCCGCUAGAUAUGUCGGCGUUCAAACGGGCAGUCAUCCAGGAUGAGGAAAGCCUUAGUCGGGACCAGGAUCUUGAUGAAAUUGAAGGAGACGACAUUACAAUGACAGACCCUGAUUUUGUUAGGGGCCACCGCGCCAUCAACAGGCGGCAGAGAAGUUCCCAGCUGGCCCGGCUGAGUCCUCGUCUUGGAGUUUUGAAUAAUAUCCCGUUUGUAAUCCGAUUCGAGGACCGCGUAGCCAUCUUUAGAGCAUUUGUGGAGUCGGAUCGACAGCGAACACCAGGGAUGUCGGGCUUCCAUCCUCACCCUGUUGGAGAGGCUCGGGUCCGUCGCGGCUCUGUUUUUGAGGAUGGAUACGAACAACUCAACAAACUAGGGCCACAACUCAAGGGGAGGAUUGCGAUCAGUUUUAUCGAUCGGUAUGGAAUACCAGAAGCCGGCAUCGACGGCGGAGGUGUCUUCAAAGAGUUUUUAACAUCCCUUGUGCAUCAGGCGUUCGACACCAACUAUGGACUAUUCAUGAGCACAUCGGAUCAUUUGCUGUAUCCAAAUCCCCAUCGGUUUGCGCAAGAAAAAACUCAGUUGAAGCACUAUGAGUUCCUGGGACGUAUCUUGGGCAAAGCUCUAUAUGAGGGUAUUCUGAUUGAUGCUGCAUUUGCGGGGUUCUUUUUGGCCAAGUGUCUUGGUCAAGUGAACUAUCUGGAUGAUCUACCCUCGCUGGACCCCGAGCUGUAUCGUGGAUUGAUGUUCCUGAAGAACUAUGACGGCAAUGUCGAGGACUUGUCAUUGUACUUUACAGUGGAUGAUGAAGGUGAGGAUACGGCGACCAUACAGUUGAUGAUUUCUUGA